AUGUCAGACUCAACAACUGUGACCUAUCUCUUGAGGAGGAAAAUUUAUUCCGCAGCGGUGGCCGAACUUCCGUCCCAACAAAAAAGAAAAGUCCGUGCCCGAUCCCUGAAACGUCCCCUCAACCGUGGCCGAUCCCUACCAUUCCCCUCAACCGUGGCCGAUCCCUACCAUUCCCCACAACCGUGGCCGAUCCCUACCAUUCCCCACAACCGUGGCCGAUCCCUACCAUUCCCCACAACCGUGGCCGAUCCCUACGAUUCCCCACAACCGUGGCCGAUCCCUACCUUUCCCCACAACCGUGGCCGAUCCCUACCUUUCCCCUCAACCGUGGCCGAUCCCUACCAUUCCCCUCAACCGUGGCCGAUCCCUACCAUUCCCCACACCCGUGGCCGAUCCCUACCAUUCCCCUCAACCGUGACCGAUCCCUACGAUUCCCCCACAACCGUGGCCGAUCUCUACCUUUCCCCACAACCGUGGCCGAUCCCUACCAUUCCCCUCAACCGUGGCCGAUCCCUACCAUUCCCCACAACCGUGGCCGAUCCCUACCAUUCCCCACAACCGUGGCCGAUCCCUACCAUUCCCCACAACCGUGGCCGAUCCCUACCUUUCCCCACAACCGUUGCCGAUCCCUACCAUUCCCCACAACCGUGGCCGAUCCCUACCUUUCCCCACAACCGUGGCCGAUCCCUACCAUUCCCCACAACCGUGGCCGAUCCCUACCAUUCCCCACAACCGUGGCCGAUCCCUACCAUUCCCCACAACCGUGGCCGAUCCCUACCAUUCCCCUCAACCGUGGCCGAUCCCUACCAUUCCCCACAACCGUGGCCGAUCCCUACGAUUCCCCCACAACCGUGGCCGAUCCCUGAUAAGUUUUCACAACCGUGGCCGAUCCCUGAUAAGCCUUCACAACCGUGGCCGAUCCAUGAUAAGUCUUCACAACCGUAG